AUGAUAAUUACUACAUCAAAUGAUGAAGAUAAAAAAACAAAUGUUUUCGUUGAAUUGGCAGCAGGAUCAUUUUCAGGAGCACUUACAAGAUUUAUAGUUGCACCAUUGGAUGUUGUAAAGAUUAGACUUCAAUUACAACGUACGCAAUUAAAUAAUAAUAGUAAUAAUAAUAAUAAAAUUAUUGGUAAAGAAAAUGUGAAUUAUAGAGGUAUAAUUAAUACAAUGAGUAAGGUUAUAAGGGAGGAGGGUAUUAGAUCAUUAUGGAAAGGUAAUUUUAGUGCAGAGUUAUUGUGGGUGACCUAUGCAGCAAUUCAAUUCUCAACAUAUAAUGAAAUUAUUGGAAUUCUCGACCCGGAAUAUCGUAAACAUCAACAAAGAACUGAUAAAGAUAAACCAAAUUAUAAACCAUCUUCUAGUAUUACAAUGAUUGGUGGCGCAAGUGCUGGUAUACUAUCAACUAUCGUUUCAUAUCCAUUCGAUAUCAUUCGUACCAAUAUUGUAAAUAAUCAUAACAAAACUAAUUUCAAACAAACUUUUAAAACAAUCAUUGCACGUAAUGGUGGUUAUUCAAAUUUAUUCAGUGGUAUAAAUUCAUCACUUUUCCAAAUUGUACCACAAAUGGGUUUUCAAUUCACAUUUUAUGAAACUUUUAAAUUCAUUUCAAAUAAAUAUACUUCUUCUGUAAAUAAUAAUAAUAAUAAUCCUUUAAAUCAAUUUACUUGUGGUUUACUUUCUGGUGCAAUUUCAAAGUUUUUAGUAUUACCAUUUGAUGUAGUUAAAAAGAGAUUACAAGUGAAUGAAAAAGUUGGAUAUGGAAUGAAAUCAUGUUUUAGAGAUUUAUAUUUUAAUGAAGGAGGUGUAAAAGCUUUCUUUAAAGGUGGUACACCUGGAAUUGUGAAAGCAGGUUUGGCUGCUGCUUUAUCUUUUACAUUUUUUGAACAAUCUAAAAGAAUAUUAUUAAAUAAACAAUGA